UGAUCAUGAAUAUGAGCUUUUUUCAGGGCUGCUUAUAUCUGAUUUAAUCAACGACAUAGUUUACGUCGUGUUGAUCUCAGUAUAUUCGACAUGCGGCAUAUUCUUCAUGACAUGUUGCGAGAAAGUGGUAGAUACUAUUUGGAAGAUCAACAAUCCGAAACGUGGCAGACCCAAAAAUUUCGACAGAAUUACAUCAAAAAUGGAAUUUUUGACUACUUUCGUUCAUCACUACGUGUUUUGCAUUUCCGCAUCAUACGUAAUCUUCUUCGUAUUCUGGGAUACCGAGUGCAAAUCGAAGAAAUUGUUCAAAACAGAAGACAGUUUCGGAUACGUUUGUGGAGUACCUACUCCAGCAUGGUUUCCAUUCGAGUUGGAUUCAAUUCUUUGGAAAUGUUUCUUUAUUGUCUGCAAUAUUGUAAAUCUAGUUUAUGUAUUACCGAGGGGUGCAGUAAUGAUAAUCCUUUUUUAUGGAUUUAUUGUUUUUACUGUGGAUAGAAUAGAGCACCUCAGAUUGAUUGUGAAACAGAUGGACCCACAAAGGAAAGGAAAGAGAGUUGCAGAGAUAUUGGAAUAUUGCAUCAACAAUUAUACAGAAAUCACAUUGUUGGUCAAGGACAUCAACGGUACAAUUGGUGUAAUAUUUGCUUCAACACAAAAUGGUUUGGUAAUCCUAAUAGUCGCUGCUCUAGAAUAUCAGGCCAUAAUGGUAUUUCAAUCGGAAAUGGAAAUGUUACAGGAAAAUAAUCUUAUUGCAUUGUUUGCACUCACUCUAUGGAUUCUCAUUCAAGCAGUAGCCUGUAAAUGUGGACAACUUUUAGAAGAUGCCAGUACACGUUUGAAGGAGGAAAUAUACAACAUACCUUGGUAUAAGAUGAAUAGCACUUUACAAAAGGAUUUCAAGAUAUUUCAUGCACAAGUACAGCGUGGAUUUUAUUUGAAAAUGAAACCGUCGAUUUUGAUGAACAUGGAAUAUUUUCGUCAGGUCAUAAAUAAAUCUUAUUCGUUCCUCAUGUUUCUGACUAAUUUGGAGCGAGUUGAAUGACGGAGUUCCUAAAAUAUAACAUGAGGUACUGCUUAUUUCAGAGAACUCUUCAAGGAACAUUUCUCACCAAUAUAAUUCAA